AUGGCAGAUACCAACCCAGCCAACUUCGCCAACUUGCCCAAGGAGAGGGUUCAGGAGAUUGCGAGCAUGGGCGGCAAAGCCUCUCACGGCGAGAACAAAGAUGAGGACAAGAGUAACGGACACCACGAGGCCGCAGACAAGGAGAACCACAACAACGCCGGGCGUCGUCAAGACGGCACCUUCUUGCCAGGAUCCGACGCUGCCAGAGCCGCUGGCCACAAGGGCGGGCUGCAUGCGGCUGGGGAGAAGACGGAGGAGGAGGUGAAGGAGGGAGGUGGGCACAAGAGCGACGGGAUGGACGAUGAGGGCCGUCGUCCGGAUGGCACGUUCAAGCCUGGCAGUGAGGCUGCGAAAGCGGCUGGCCACAAGGGUGGAGUGGCGGCGGCUGCUGCCUCUGACGCUUGA